GUAUGAUCAAGUGUCCGACCCCAGCUUCACCUACUACGUGCAAGACUACUUGCUACCUCCCGCCGCCCGCCGGGCACUGUUCUAUGACGGGGGCAACAACGCGAACGGCACGGGAAACAUUGGCAUGGCUGUGGGCUGGGCGGAGGAGAU